ACCGUGUCGAGGUGAUGGUGUGGUCCUCAGUCACCCUCGGACCGACCAGCAGGUAGCAGUGCCUCGACAGCCAGCCGGGGCGGACCGCAACGGCCCCACGCCCAUCGUCACCGAGUCCGUGAUGGCGUCGAGAGCCGCCAUGUGGAGGAGGCCAGUGGUCGCAGAGAGCAGCUGCUCCAGCCCGGGCCCCGUCCCCGCCAGCCCCGCCAGCCCCACCAGCCUCUCCAGCGCGCCUAGCAGGCUCGUGGCAGCCGCCGGAGGGACGCGCUGCGGGACCCGGGAGCUGACGCUGUCCCACGAGCUGACGGUGCGCGGCGCCGCGCUCGCCUCGCCGCCGUACUUGUCGGUGUGGUUCCGGCACCCGCAGGGCGACCCCGAGCGCUGGUGGCGGAUGGCCGUGCGCCCCGAGGACGACGGCGGCGGCUGGACGCUGGCGCUGCAGCUCGCCUCCACGGACGAGCUCGGCUCCCUGUACCGCCGCCGCCCGCGCUGCUUGUCGCCCGGCGAGGCCUUCGGCAUGGAGGCCGCGCAGACCAGCUACAUCCUCAAGACCGUCGACACCAAGCUGGUCUUUAACCGGGGCUACCUCGCCCCCAGCCUCGGACUGGAGCGCUUCCAGACACACCGCCCCACCGCCUUGCUUAACAACAACUUCGCCAUCCUCGGCUACCUGGACACGCUCCAGCCCCUGAGCGUCUGCGACCUCGGCACCGGCCUCCUCAACGAAGUCAGGUCCUCGUCGGCCGAAGACAGGGCCUUGUGCAUCCAGGUGUCCUUCACCGUCGAGUUCCACGAGAGCGACGCGACAAGCUAACAGACAUGUCAAAGUGCACUUUGUUGUGUUAUUUUUACUGCCAUGUGGAUUCUGCACUGCGCAUGCCCUCGUGGCAAAGUGUCCUCAUGCGAAAGACUGUAUGUAAGUGCGUGUGUGAGAGUGCGGCGAGUGUGUGUGUGGCUAGACGAGAUAGACUGGACCAUGGACUGGACAGGUUUUAGUACAAGGCGAUGGUUGUAUCGGUCAAGUUUAAACCGGCCUGACAAUGAGUUGUUCGGACAUUGUUUGUGAGAACUUCAAGAUAAAAAUAAAAACCAAAACGGUUUCCUCAAAUUGGGAGCGCGCCGCUCACUCAGCGGCCCACGGCGAGCGCCAUGCCACUGCCCGACGAGAUGAAAAAUUAAAAUUAAAGUAUUUGUUUGGUUAUUUUGAAA